AUGGCUUCGGACCGUCAGGACGAGCGCCGGCCGCUCAUCGGACGCGUGGACGGGUCCGGCGCGCCGCUCGACCCGUCGUCGCCCCGAGCGCUGGAGGAGGGCGCGGGGGGGCCGCAUCGCCGCGCGACUCCCGCGGGCUCGACCGCGUGCGCGCGCGUGACGAUGUGCGCGAUCGCCGCGAUGGGACUCAUCGCCGCGGCGUACCACGGGCUCAACCACCACCAUCCCGCGACCGCGGCGCUCCUCGGGCUCGGCGACGCGCCCGCGGGAACCCCGGGGCUCCUUGGGCGCGAGCGUGCCGAGGCGAGGAUCGACGAGCGGAGGGCGACCGCUCGGCUGGCGCGCGUGGACGCGCGCCGCGCCGAGCGAGCCCGCGCCGUGCACGAUACCGCGAGGACAGUCGCGACGCGUGCCGACUCCCACGCGGAAGGCGACUCGAACGACAGCUGCCGCAUCAUCUUCUACUACCACGUGCCCAAGACGGGGGGCGGGUCCAUCGUGCGGUACUUUGGCGAGAUGCGAGGCGUCGACGUCAUCCGUUACGAGUCCACCAAGUACAUCACGCCCGAGAUGGGCGAGAUUUACACCUGGAACUCCGCCACCGCGGACGACCACUGGGAUCGAUACGUCCUCCCGCGCGCCCUCAAGCCCGGGAACCACCUCGUCGUGGAGCACUGGGGGCGGCCCGGCAUGGUCGAGAUGGAACGAAAGCUCGCCGACCUUCGCGCUCGCGCCGCCGCGGCCAACUGCGAGGUGAUGACCAGCACCACCCUGCGGGACCCGAUCGAUAGAGACGUGAGCGACGACGUCUUCAGGCGCAUGCGCGGCGGCGGCGACGCGGGCAUCGACUACCUCGGCGACGAGCAGACGCGGUUCUUAUUGCUCAACUCGGAGCGAGCCAGGGACGGCGUCGCUCCCCGAGACUUGUACGGCGAUCACAGGGCUCGCGUCGAGGCUGAGGGCGCGCUGCGCGCCGCGAUGCGGACGCUGCGGGACGACUUCGACGUCGUGGCGACCAUCGCGGACCUGGAGGCGCAGAAGGACGCCUUCGUGGACUUCCUGUUUGGGGCGAAGGCGAACAAAGGCGAGGGCUCUGAUGAGGCGUCCGCGACGGAGGACGAGGACGAUAGGGAGGAGGCGGCGAAAGUCUCGUCCGCCGUGGUGUCGCUGCUGUCGCAGCCGCUGGCGCGCGUGCACGCGAUCGACUACGAGAAGGAGGGGGUGGACGACGCGCGCAUGAGGGCGCUCAGGACCAAGUUUGAGCGGAGCAACGACCUCGACAAGCAGCUCUACCGGCUCGCGGCUGAGAUGUCGGCCAACGACCCGAGGCUCGCCAAGCACCGCCAAGCACCUCGUCGUUAAGUGACACCUCGUAUUACCGUAAUAAGGGUCACGCGUACCGGGGGCUGUGCACUUCACGGAUGGAGCCACUGCGCGGAUCUGGUCUGUCGGUUGACGAGCCGACAACCGCCGCCGAGUUAUUAGGCCAACCGUUGUCAUGAAUAUUAUCACACUGUACACCGCC